UGUCUGCUGCUUGAAGCUGCGUGGGCGACAGCUUUGGAGCUGGUGAGGUACUCUCUUGAUUUUAUGAUCGUCUUGGUUUUGCCUCACCAUCCAAGAUGGCGGCGCUUGUGGGAUUGCGUGCAUGUUUCUCCGCCCUUCAGCUGUCUUCGCCAUGCCUCCUGCACAGCUCCUUUAAAUUGUGUGCUGUGCCCCUGAGUCGGCGGACCUUUGCUGCAGAGGCUAAGAAGACCUACAGCAGGGACAAGCCCCAUGUGAACAUUGGAACAAUUGGUCAUGUUGAUCACGGAAAGACAACCCUGACUGCAGCCAUCACAAAAGUGCUCGCUGACGCUGGUGGUGCUAACUAUAAAAAAUAUGAAGACAUUGACAAUGCCCCUGAAGAGAAGGCCAGAGGAAUCACCAUCAAUGCCUCUCAUGUAGAAUACACCACAGCCAACAGACAUUAUGCUCACACAGACUGUCCUGGUCAUGCUGACUAUGUCAAGAACAUGAUUACAGGCACAGCUCAGAUGGACGGCUGCAUCCUGGUGGUGGCGGCCACUGACGGCCAGAUGCCUCAGACACGAGAGCACCUCCUGUUGGCCAGGCAGAUUGGCGUCGAGCAUGUUGUGGUUUUCAUCAACAAGGCCGAUGCCGUGGAGGACAGGGAGAUGGUGGAACUGGUGGAGAUCGAGAUCCGCGAGCUGCUCACAGAGUUCGGCUAUGAUGGCGAGAACACACCUGUUGUGAUAGGCUCAGCCCUCUGCGCCCUGGAGAACAGAGAGCCUGAAUCGUGUAAAUCAAAAUGGUGUUCACCUAGCCUAUUUUGCUCAGGUAUUGAGAUGUUCCACAAGUCUCUGGAUCGGGCAGAAGCAGGAGAUAACCUGGGCGCUCUGGUCCGAGGACUGAAGAGAGAAGAUAUAAGGAGAGGGAUGGUGAUGUGCAAACCAGGAUCCAUCCAGCCUUACCAGAAAAUCAAGGCCCAGGUGUAUGUUCUAAGUAAGGAAGAGGGAGGCAGACACAAACCUUUUGUCACCAACUUCAUGCCCGUCAUGUUCUCUCUAACCUGGGACAUGGCCUGCAGAGUCACUCUGCCCGAUGACAAGGAAAUGGUGAUGCCAGGGGAGGACACCUCCUUGACGCUCACACUCCGCCAGCCAAUGGUUUUGGAGAAAGGCCAGAGGUUCACUCUGAGAGACGGAAACAGAACCAUCGGCACCGGCCUGGUCACAGACAUCCUGGCAGUUAAAGAUGAAGACCAGUGCAACUGGGGCUGAAGGGGAAUCUCUGCAGAUAGGACUGGGCUGGGGGAAGGGUGUGCUGGGGGUGCAGGGAGGAAGGGUCUGUGGAUAUCUGUGUCUGGUCAAAUCAAAUAAUUAUAGAAACAUACAAAUACAGUACAUAAACCCAUGCACAAACCUCAAACAGAAAUUGACUCGAAUGAAUGCAUGGCUCUGUUGUUCAGAUUUACCCAACCAAAAUACCUGAAAUGUUUAGCACUGUCUUUAUGUUUAAAGGCCAAACUGUCAAAAAUCCGUCAUUUAUGUAAUAAAAUCUAUUUAAUAAUG